CGACGCAACACGGCGUGCGCAGCGCAGGGUUUUGCCGAGAUUUUCCCAAAAAAGGGUAUUGCCACAAUGCCACCGCACCGAGAAAAGAAAACGAUACACGGCGAUAAAAACACACAUCCUCCUCCUCCUCCCGUCCGGCUCUCCCGAUUGGCACCCGGGCGGCCACAUCCGACCCGGCCGCCGUGCGCCGCCAUGGACGGCCUGGACGGUACGGACGCCUGCUUCUCCCCUGGGAGGGCCAUGUCGCCGCAGGUGAGGCUCCCCGGGCCACCGGAUAUAUGCAGUCAGUACCUGGCGGAGUUGUUGCAGGAGCACCAGAAGCUGGGGCCGUUCAUGCAGGUGCUCCCAAUCUGCAGCAGGCUGCUAUAUCAAGAGAUAAUUCGGGUGUCAAAUAUGCGUCGUCAACAUGGUGUUGGGGACUUUGAGAGGUUGCCGGUCGCAAGCCCGAACCAGAUGCAUGCGUCGCCCCCCAUGCCAAAUUUUUGCGGAAAUGGUUUUAGUCCAUGGAGUGGGAUGAAUCCAGAGAGAGUAGGUGUUCCGCAAGGAGCUAUGGGUUGGCAAGGACCCCCGCAAAGCCCCUCUUCUUACAUUGUCAAGAAGAUUUUGCGACUGGAAGUACCAACAGAUACGUACCCUAAUUUCAAUUUCAUUGGCCGUCUUCUUGGGCCAAGGGGAAACUCUUUGAAGAGGAUUGAAGCCUCUACAGGUUGUCGCGUUUUCAUAAGAGGGAAGGGUUCAAUUAAAGAUUCCGGAAAGGAGGAACAACUCAAGGGAAAACCUGGCUAUGAACACUUGAGUGAUCCCCUCCAUAUCUUGAUUGAAGCUGAGUUACCUGCUAAUGUCAUCGAUGCAAGGCUUGCAAAAGCACAAGAGAUCCUUGAAGAGUUGUUGAAGCCGGUGGACGAAUCACAAGACUACUACAAGAGACAGCAACUCCGAGAACUCGCCAUGUUGAAUUCGCCGAUCCGAGAGGAGAGCCCACAUCCAGGUGGCGCUCCUCCUAGUCCCUUCAGUAACGGCGGCAUGAAACGAGUGAAACAAUGACCACAGAGGCUCGGUCCUCCCUCUUCUUGACUCUCUUCAGAAACCCCGAUCAGUCCAUGCCUUCACAACCUAAUUUUUCAUGAGCAAGCUUUCAUGACGGUGUUGGCAGCGUGUGACAUCAUCCUUUACUGUAAUAGCAGGAGAAUUUUGAUCUCCCAUGUGACACGAAUGACAGAUGAAUGUGAGUAGUGUAUCCUCUGUGGCUGUAUAAUUAGAACAUUUUAUUUAUUUGUUACUGGUAACGCUGAGAUAUAGUACUGUGCAGAAUUCUGAGUUAACAGUGAGCUAGUGUACCGGGAUUUAUCUCGCUUUGGUGCCU